AUGGAUCUCUCUGCCAGGACCACUCUUCUCUUUACCAUCUCAUGCUGCCUGUGGAAUAUCGAAGCCCGAGAAUAUACAAUGGCUCUCAGUGUGCCAAAUGGGGGUAACUGGGGUGACUGGGGCCAAACUACAUUUUGCGAGAGUGGCUAUGCUCAUGGCUUCUCCCUGAAGGUGGAAGAAAAGCAAGGGGCAGGUGAUGAUACAGCUCUGAAUGGAAUCCGCUUGUUCUGUACCGAUGGCACAACAAUUGAGUCUAAAGUUGGACCGUGGGGAACCUGGACCAAAAAACAAUUCUGCUACACAGGCUACCUGGUUUGUUUUUCUCUGAGAGUGGAACCACAACAAGGAGAGGGUGAUGAUACAGCAGCUAACAACAUUAAGUUCACCUGCAGUGAUGGUGUUGGCCUGAUGGGUCUUGGCGCAACAUGGGGUGAAUUUGGCCCAUGGAGCCAGCGCUGCCUCAAAGGUGGCAUAUGUGGGAUGAGAACAAGGGUGGAGGAUGCACAGGGCAUUGGUGAUGACACAGCACUCAAUGAUGUGCAUUUUUUCUGCUGUUAA